CCUUCAUGUGUUUCUCUGUCUCGAUUUGUGCUUGUGUUUUGACGUCGGUAUCCUGUCAUGGGACAGUCAUGCUAGUUUUGUCCAGGUUAGCCUGCCAGAAGACGGAUAGGCUGCAUGCAUGAUAUUGAGAGAAGUUCUUUCUCAACUUUCUCGAAACUUCAACAACAUUUGUGGUUUAUUCAACCCAGAAACAACAGGUGGAAUUGGGUUGUGGUGCAAACACAAAGGAUGGGUGUUUCCCGAGCAGCAGUGUGGGCAAGACUUUCAGCCAGUCUCUUGCUCCUGGCUGUAAUGGCUGACAGGGUGUUUGGUGCUGCUUUGCUGGAGCAACAAAACUCUACAGAGUUGGUUCCUGGAGUUCCUGGUAGUCCCUGUUGGCAGAUGGAGGCUUUCAUGGUACAGGUGGAGUGCUCUCCAUGCAACGCCAUUCAGACAAAAUGGCAGAAUGCUUGUCGUUCCACUGGAUAUGUUGAACAGGUGGUCUGUGUGAACUCUAAGAAGACUGACUUUAAAAGCUGCCACUCUGCGGUGCGGGAGGAGAGCGUGUUCUGGAGGUUUGAGGCGGUGAUGAUGAGCUUGACGGUGCUCUUUGUGCUCGUGGUGGUGAAGCGCCACAGAGUCCUGGACCGCAGAGCAUCAGAACGCGUCCGCAAACAACUAGAAUCCUCAUGAAGGCAGACAUGAUUAGGGGAGUUCUGAAUGUUUGCAGAUCUACAGUACAGGUGGUGUGUUGUUGUUGUUGUUGAAUGUCUGCAGAUGUACAGGCAGGGCUCUAAAUUAACUUUUUGCAUCACCAGCCAAAAUUGCUAGUAGAACUUCAUCUUAUUAGCCAAGCACACACUCACUAAUUGGUCAAAGUGGCUAGUAAGUUUGUCUUCUCUACCAGCCAAACUGAAAUUUCACCAGCAUUUGACUGGUGUUAAUCUAGUGCCCUGCAGGGGAGUAUUCCAAGAACCUGGUUCAGUAGUAAGCCAGGUUAAGUUAACCUUGAGGUAGGGUAGGGGUAAAUCACCUAAUAGAGGAGCUUUCGAUAACACUUUAUUUUAGGGAUACAUCUAUUAGCACUAAUACAUACAAUGUUAAUGCCUGCAUAAGUAACUUGUAAGGCAUGUACUAAGCAAACGCUAAGGCCUACUAGGUCCUUACUAAGGCUGAAUUGGUAAUAAAUCCCUUAUUGUGCAUGAACAAGACAUUUGCGAAUACAUGGCUAACAAAUGUUUGAUUUUGCUUUGUACAUGCCUUAUAAGUUACUUAUACAGGCACAUUGUAUGUAUUAGUGCUAAUAGAUGUAUCCCUAAAAUAAAGUGUUACCGAGCUUUCAGUCCUUAUCACAGGCAACUUACAUACAGCCUUCAAACUCGCCAUCCGACCUGUGUCUGCAGUUCAGCUAGGGGCGCUGUCGAGAGAGCGCAGCCCAUUCAUUGAAUGGAGUCUGCACUCCUCCGUUGGCACCCCUAGAGUGCAGUACCACCCGGAAAAGUGGUGAGUGGAGUCUCUCGGAAUACACUUAGAGCCUCUCUGGUCCUUAUUUUCUUAAGUAAAUGACACGUGUGGACUAUCUAUUAGCAUGUUUAUCACUUCCUGUAGGUUAAGUCAGCCAAGUUAAUCACUGAACAAUGUUCUUGGAGUACAUCCCAGGUGGUGUGGUUCUGAAUGUUGCAUUAUGAGAUGUGAUGUGUCUGCCUCUCCUCAUUGCCUUAACCCAUUGAUGCCUGAUGUUGCAUUUCGCAACAUUGGCCCUGGCGCCUGGAGCUGCAUUACGCAACAUUCAGGCUCAUGAGAUUUGAGACAACUUUACUAUUAAAAAUCUCUGUUUGUUUGAGAUGAAUGAACACAUUCUAAUGAAAGAUGAGGGUCUUAGCGUUUAAAUGCAACUUAGUGCAUAUUUUUAUGUGCUUCAGAAGCUGAGAUAUUUAGGUUUUUAUAGGCUGAGGGCAGCUUUCCUUAAAAAGGGCUUAGGCAUUCAGCACCCUUUUUUGCAGGUGCCAUAGGCGUCAAUGGGUUAAGAGGCCUCAUUUAGUGACGCAAAUAAUUACUACUGAAAGGUCGUAGUACCUUAGAGGUUAAAAAUGUAGUCUGAGAUCAAAAAAUGAUCCAUAAUUAUAUCAGUGACUGGUUGUCAUAUGCCUUGCACUCUUCAGUGAAUAGUUUACCUCCAAAACUGCACUGCAAAACAGCAUCUGUAAUGAAGUGUUUUUUUAUGAAGUGUCCUUAUUAGAAGAAGCAUUCCUGUAUUUAUUGGUUGUAUUGUGAGUUGCAACAUUUAUAGAAAAGGACUGUGUGAUGCUCAAGUUUAAGCAGUUUACAAUAACUCAAAGUUUGUUCAAAUGGUUAAAACAAAACAAGGGUUUUGUUUUGGUGAUGUGUAGGUUCUUUAUCUUUGUUUUAAGUUUAAUACUGAAAGAAUUUAAUACCGACCUUCUCUCAAGGUCAUACCUGAUACCAUUCACUGGAAUUUAGGAGCGAGGUUCAAGCCCCUAAAAAGACAAAUGUAUAAGAAAGACAAAUGUAAAAGUAAAAGUUGUGAACUAUA